AUGGCCGAAGUACACGGAAGAAUCAGAGGCACACAUAGGGCUAGCCCAAUUAUGAGAUGGACCAUCCUCCAAUAUGGAUACUUUUGGCCCCGAAUCUCACAAGAUUGCAUCGACUACGCACAAGGCUGCCCAUCGUGCCAGCACCACGGACUUCUACAACGCACCCCAGUCGAGGAACUUCAUUCGAUUCUCAAACUGUGGCCCUUUCGAGGAUGGGCAAUGGACGCCAUCGGUAAAAUCCAUCCACCAUCAUUGAAAGGAUACGCAUUCAUCCUUGUGGCAACCAAUUACUUCAAGAAAUGGGUAAAGGUUGUCCCGUUGGUCCAGUUCGGCAUACCAAAGACCAUUACGACCGACCAAGGAAUAGUGUUCACUAGCAGGAAACUCAAGGCCUUUGUGGUGCGAUACGUCAUCCGUUUGGGCAUGGAAGAUAAUCCAAGGGCAUGGAAUGAGAUGUUGGAGGAGGCCUUGUGGGCCUAUUGGAACGCUAAGUCCACCAUGACUGGAAGCACGCCCUAUAGGUUAACUUACGGACAAGGCGCAGUGCUACCUCUCGAAAUCGUGGUACCCUCACUUCGCAUUCUGAAACAAAAUGAAAUGCCAAUGGAGGAACUGGACCGGGCAUUGUUGCAUGAGUUGGACAGCCUCCUGGAGGAACAAUUUCAAGCCCUCGAACACCUCCGGCUUCAAAAGAAGAAGGCCGAACGAACCUUCCAAUGA